AUGGAUGAUACAUACUUUUCGAGAAGAUCAAGGUGUGGAAGUAAUGUCGAGUCUAUCACAAUAAAGAAACAUUAUCACAUUGAUUUAUUUUAUAUUGUCGUGGAUAUGAAACUUAAAGAAAUUAACAAUCAUUUUAAUGAGACAAAUAGUAGGUUGCUCAUUUGCAUGUCUUGUUUUAAUCCAACAAAUUUGUUCUCUUCUUUUGACAAGGAAAAAUUGGUUAAAUUUGGAAAGUUUUAUCCAUGGGAAUUUUAUCAAACUAGUUUGUUGUUGCUUGAUAACCAACUUGAGACUUAUAUACCUGACAUGCGUAGCAGUAUUGAAUUUGCAUCCUUGAACGGAAUUGGAGAUCUUUCAAAAAAGUUGGUUGAAACUAGAAGACAUGUUGUUUAUCUAUUGGUUCAUCAACUUUUGAAGUUAGCAGUGAUUUUUCCUGUUUCCACAGCAACCAUUAAACAAUCCUUUUCUGCUAUGAAGAUUGUGAAAACUAGAUUGCGCAAUCGAAUGGGGGAUGAAUGGAUGAACGGUUGCUUGGUGACUUAUAUUGAAAGUGAUGUGUUGAAGUACAUUGAUAAUGAGCAGAUUAUUCAACGAUUUCAAAAUAUGAAAUCACGUAAAGGACAAUUAUAG